AUGCGUCUAAUUUGGAUCUGCCCGCAAAGAGGAUGCGCCUCGCGCAAAAAAGGAAAGAAAGAAAGAGAAAUAGGGAGGGGUGGGGGGUUACACGUGGGGGCCCCACGGGGCCCGGGCGUGUGCCCCCGGCCGCUCUCUCUCGCGUGUACCCCGAAUAUAAUACGUACCGUAUGUAGUACGUGCGUAUAUAUAGCGAAGGGCUGGUCCUUCGGAGGAUUUAGUGAGACUCUCGGGAUGACGAGCGAAGCGCGGGGCUCGCGGACGGGGAACACGGACUUCAGCAUAGCCCGUAUCCUCGCGGACGAGCUCCCGACGUCGGGCGUGGACGUCGACGCGCGGAAGUUCCGACGCGAGCCGCCGGGAACGAGAACCGGGUCGGAGGAACGCGACCGAGCGUCACCGGACGACGAGACGACGCGCCGCGACGUUCCCGUCGUCGUCGUCGCGGAACGACGACGCAGCGGCGACCAUAACCGGGACGUCGAGAACACGUCGGUGCGGCGGACCGACCUCACGUGGCUCCAGUACACGCGGUACAGACCACCGAGGCUCCCCAGGAGGUCGUUCGCCGAGAGGCGAAUCAAGCGACGAGCGGGUGACCAUCCCCGCAUUCCGUUCUCCUCGUCUCAGCUGCAAGUGUUGGAGGACAGGUACAGGAGGUGCGCCUACCUGACCAGAAACGAGGUCGUCGAGAUGUCCGCGACGCUGAGACUGCCGCAGAGCAAAAUCAAGAUCUGGUUUCAAAAUCGUAGGGCGAGGCAAAGAAAGGAAUCAUUGGAAUCCACGAUAACGGCGCGAUGACUCGAUGAUGAUGGUGAAAAUCGACAAUGAUUCUUUUGGGAUCCGAAUCAAGAGGAUCAUCGAGAUCGUCGACGACAGUGCGCCGAUCGAUCUCUAAUCUGGUUCGCGAUUGUUCCGAGCGGCUCGAUCUUCGGUACCGUAACUUAUUUAUUUCGCGCUCUUCGAUUAUUGUACUGUAAAUAAAAUUAUUUGCGACUUUAA